UUCUUUGUGUUGGGUUUACAGCAUCUGCGGCGAGAUGGAGAAGGAGGUAGAGGAGGAGGAGGAGGAGGAGGAGGCGGAGGCGAGUAGAAAGAAGGGAGAACGCGGAUUAGGGGAGGGGGAAUGCGGGGCGCCGAGUAGCAAGAAGAGAGACCCCGAAUUGGAGUUGCGCAUGAAGCAGAAGGCGGCGGAGUGGCACAGGAAGGCGAGGGAGGAGACCCUGAAGGAGAUAGCCAAGGAGAUGGCCAAGUACCCCAACGAAGACUGGUCCGACACACCGGGCGUCAAGGCUCGCGAGUACCGCGAGGACUGGGAAUACCGUUGGUCCGCCAUCUUCGGUCCCUACGACACAAUCUCGCCUAUACCACCCAUGCGCUAUACACACCGUAAGGACGACUCUAUGCCGAGACAUAUUUCAGUCCGUCACACUCUGCAGAUCAUCUCGGUCAAAAUAAAGGGAAUAAGAGGGGGCUUACAGUGGCCGAUCAAUGUGUUUGGUCUCAUUGCUGCGCGCGACACGAUUGACCGCAACCGCAUUAUGAUCUUCAACCGCACCAGGGAUAACUGCCAAACAAUUACUAAAGAGGAUCGAUAUUUAUUACUGACAGGUCCUACGCGUGCUGUUGUGGUAUCUGACCCUGUGUAUUUUGAGGCCCCGCUGAAAGUGAAGGGCUCUGUCGAAUCUGAGGAUAAAGAUUUAAGCUUUUUAGCUGUCCCGCUCACCGGUGCUUCUGAUAGAGGUGAAACGCGCUUGGUUAAUAGAGAGUACACUAGCAGGCUUAGCACGCUGGAGUUGACAUUUGGCUUUGUUGUUGAGUCCUUGGAGGCCUCAAUCAGUGUGCGUAUCAUUGAUGGGUCAUGGAAAGAUGGUUUUCGUGGUGCAUUCACUGCCCAUACCCCCAGUCUAAAAGACAAUAAAGUCCUGCUGCUUGAUUCUGGAUAUUGUGAGAUGGUGCCUGUUACUGCUGAUCGCAUGAUCAAGCUUUCACGCCAUGUUGUUUCCGUGGAAGGUGAGGGAGACCUGACCGUUUCAGUGCUGGCACUUGGAACUGAUAAUGUGAUAGAAGAUGAGAAGGAUUUCACGCCUAAGGAAGCCGGUAUGAGCCAGAGCUCUCUUGACGUGGGCUUUUGUAAAUUGGAAGUAACUGUCAACUGGUCACUUCUUUCCUUGCUUCCUGAUGGCUAUACUUAAUUAAGUACAUUGCACAGUGAAUUUGUGGUGGAUGAACGGCGCCCCACUUUGUGCACGCGGAGCAAUGUGGACAUAUAAUGGAAUAAAAGGGGUGAUGCUAAUGAGAAAAUUUCUAGUUUAGAUGCCACUUACCGAAUCAGCUUGUCGACCACAUCUUUAUUAUUAUCUUUACACAACACAAACAUAUUAUCACUAGGAAUUUGGUGUUGUCCGUGUUACUAAUAAUAUAGUGUACUGUAAUAUACUGCAGUCUAGGACAAGUUGGUUUCUUGAUAAGCAUCUAGGACAAGUUCAGGUGAGCUUCUCGACCAGCUCUGUCACUAGGAAUGCUUGGCUGCUUGCAAUGAAACUUCUAUGCAUGUACCCAGAUAUGUGUUGAGGAAGUUGAUUGUUGAUUACUUUGGUUA